GAGAGAGAGAGAGAGAGAAAGACAGAGGAGAGGGUGCGAGGGAGUGGGGGGGAGUGUGUGUGUGUGAGAGUGUGUGUUUGGGACACAAAAAAAGAGAGGGAGCAACAACAAAAAAGGAAAGAAGAGAAAAGAAAAAGGGGCGAAGGGACUUUGGGCGCCUCUUGGAGACCGGGAGAGCCGGAGCGAGAGAAAAGGGGCGCAGGAGAGGCGGGAGCGCCCGACAGCCAGAAGAAAAGAACUUUCUCCGGGAAGCCUCUCCGAGCCGUCUUUGUUAUGAGUCUCCUCCAAGCCUCGCCCGAGAGAGGAGGCAGAUCCCGGUCCUGAUCCGCGCGGGGGAGGUCCUCGUGGGGGGGAGCGCUCCCCGCCCUGCCCCCGCCCGGAGACGUCCAGUCCGGCUCGGGACGCCCGCCUGCCCGCCCGCCCGCCCGCCCGCCCGCCGCCGCCGCCCUCCGCCGCCGGGGGACCCGCUCCGCGCCCCCGGAGCCCGUUCCGCGCCGCCCUCGGCUCGCCCCGCGCCGGCCGCUUGAAUGUACAGCAUGAUGGGAGGCAGGCUGAAGCCCCCCGCCCCGCAGACGACGCCGGGGGGCAACGGCGCCUCGGGGGCGGCCAACGCCAAGAACAGCCCGGACCGGGUCAAGCGGCCCAUGAACGCCUUCAUGGUGUGGUCGCGGGGCCAGCGGCGCAAGAUGGACAGGAGAACCCCCAGAUGUGGCUCGGAGAUCUCCAAGCGCCUGGGCGCCGAGUGGAAGCUGCUGUCCGAGGCCGAGAAGCGGCCCUUCAUCGACGAGGCCAAGCGGCUCCGCGCGCUGCACAUGAAGGAGCACCCGGAUUACAAGUACCGGCCGCGGCGGAAAACCAAGACGCUGCUCAAGAAGGAUAAGUACACCCUGCCGGGGGGCCUCCUGCCGCCGGGCUCGAACUCGCUGGGCGGCGGGGUGGGCGUCGGGGCGCCGCUGGGCGCCGGGGUCAACCAGCGCAUGGACAGCUACGCGCACAUGAACGGCUGGGCCAACGGCGGCUACGGCAUGAUGCAGGAGCAGCUGGCCUACCCGCAGCCGUCGGGCCUGAACGCGCACGCCGCCGCCCAGAUGCAGCCCAUGCACCGCUACGACGUGGGCGCCCUGCAGUACAACGCCAUGCCCUCGGCCGCCUCGCAGACGUACAUGAACGGCUCGCCCCCCUACGGCGGCAUGGCCUACGCCCCCCAGCAGGGCGCCCUGGCCUCCAUGGGCUCGGCCGUCAAGAGCGAGGCCAGCGCCAGCCCGCCCGUCGUCACCUCGUCGUCGCACUCGCGGGCGCCCUGCCAGGCCGGAGACCUGCGGGACAUGAUCAGCAUGUACCUCCCCGCCGCCGACGUGGCCGAGCCGGCGGCCCCCGGAAGGCUGCACAUGGCGCAGCACUACCAGACCGCACCGGUGCCCGGCACGGCCAUCAACGGCACGCUGCCGCUGUCGCAUAUGUGAGGCGGCGGGGAGGAGCCCGGAGGGAGGAGGGGAGGGAGGGCCCGGGCAGAGAGAAGGACCCCGACCGCCGGCAAACUCUGCACCUUGAACUUUCUGGCUGCUGCUCCUCCUGGCCUCUUUUG